AUGAAAAAGAUUAAAAGAGGAAGAGAUGGCGAAGUACGAAAUGCUACAAUAGAAAUCGCAGGCGGAAAAUUACUUAAUAGACCGAUCAAUAUGUUCUCUCGUUUAGAAAUAACUGAAGAAAAUUCAGAAUCUUCAACAAUAAAAGAACCCGAACAAUUAAAAGAGCUAAUCCCCGCACAAAUCAAAAGGCUCACAAAAGAACGAAUUCAUCAAGUGACAGGCAAAUCUAAUCCAAUCUUAAGAGGUGUAAUUUCAUUGGCCAUGAUUACAAUGCUAAUACAGCAAGCAUCAAGGAUAAAAACCUGCAAUGAUUGUUUACUAUUCCCUUUAGUAUACCAGAAAAGUGGGAGUGCGGAAACAAUACGAAGCACAUUUUCAUAUCAGCGAAAGUAG